AUGCCUAUGUCUCCCCAGUCAUACUUCACCAUCCACGAGCACCAGCAAAGUGCCAUCCAAAUGUCUCCGCAGUCAUACACAAACCUACCAGGACAACAGCAGCAGGACAUUCCAAUCCAACCCCAAACGUAUCCGGCCGAGCCAUACACCAUAACCGAGCAACAGAGCCGCGACAUCCAAAUGUCACCUCAAUAUGCCUCAUACGCCAACCCACCCAGUUCACCACCCCCACACUCCCCAGGGCCCCUACCAUUGAAAGUAAACCCAGACGCGCCAACCCGAAGCGAUACAAUGAUCGUCGUGCCAGACGCAAACCCACUACAAUCACCCAAGCUGCCUUCUUUUCCGCCUCCCACCCGGGCAGCGACGACACAUGCGCCUGUUGAAGAUCUCAGCGAUUACCACCAGCCAGGCCAGAUAAUGCAUCCAAACCAGGAGGUACGGGGCGGGGGAUGGAGCAACGAACUUUGCGAAUUCUCAAAUUUCGGAAUUUGUUGUUUGGGACUUAUCUGUCCUUGCAUUCUAUAUGGACGGACGCAGCAUCGACUCACGAUGAAAUCGAGGAAGGAGGAUCCGACUAAUAUGCUCGCUUAUGAGACUUGUAACGGGUCAUGUACUGGUAUGGGAUUGCUCUGUGGAUGUCAAUGGUUGCUGGCAACAAUUCAGCACACAAGAACAAGGAAGGCCUAUGGAAUCCAGGGUGAUAUUGCAUCGGAUUGUGUGCGGGCAACCUGCUGCACAUGUUGCACGUUGAUCCAGGAUGAGAAGGAGAUUCUCAAGCGUGAAGGGCACCGGGCUCGUGCUGCCAGGGAACGCGGAGCUACUUUGAUGUCGCCGUAUACCGCGCCAGGACCGAUGACGUAUGGUCCUUCUCCGAAAUAG